AUGGCGCCGCCGCGGCUGUGGACUCCCCAAUCUGGAAAUGGGAAACAUCAGGUGCAGGAACGGGUUGAUAGAUUGCAGAUUGGAUCUCGAACCGCGACUGGAGUUGAUGAGGAGGGCACGCAUUCUGAUACUGAUUCUCUUGUGGCACCGAGUGAUAGCAGCUAUGAUAGUGAUUUGGCUGCAUCAUUUGACUCUGCUGAUGGUUGCUCUGACCCAGAAUUUGACCCUGAUGGUGAAGUAUUUGAUGAUGAUGAUGAAUAUGAUCCUCCCCCCUUUUCAUAUGAUGUCGAUGAUCCAACUAUUGAUGUAGGUAUUGUGUUCCUAGAUGUGGAUCAGUGCAAAUCUGCAGUAACCCAUCAUGCUAUCUUGAAUGAUCAUGCUUAUCAGAUUGUGAAAAAGGAUAGACGAAGGUUUAGAGCCAUAUGCAAGAGGGCCAAAGAAGGUUGUAAUUGGAAGUUUUUUGCAUCUACGAGCAAGAAGUACCUUGGAUGCAAGGUUAAGAUGAGUGGACCAAAGCAUACAUGUGGUUCAUUCAAUAAUUGCGGUGAAACGAUGGCCUCCAACAAAUGGGUAGCCCAAAGAGUGGUUGACUUGUUGCGGGACGACCCUGAAAUGGGACCAAAGGAGUUGCAAGAUAGGCUAAAAAAGAAGUACUCCAUUGAAAUUCCAUAUGAUAGAGUUGUGAGAGGCAAGAUGAGAGCAAUGGACACCAUAUAUGGGAAGUGGGCUGACAGUUAUGAUUUGCUACCUACCUAUCAAGCUGAGCUUUUGAGAGUGGUACCUGGCAGUAUUGUUGAGAUAGACACUGAAGAAGAUGACAAUGGCUAUGUAUGUUUCAGCAGGUCCUUUGUUGCUCUUAAACCAUGCAUUGAUGGGUUUUUGCAAGGAUGUAGGCCUUAUAUUGCCAUGGAUGCCACACAUUUGACAGGGAGAUCUCGGGGUCCAUUAGCAGCAGCUGUUGCAGUGGAUGGUGAGAAUAGGCUAUUUCCAGUUGCUUAUGGAGUGAUUGAGACUGAGUACAAGGAAAGUUGGAGUUGGUUUGUCAAUAACUUGAAGAAGGCUAUGGGUACUCCUUCAGGCUUGGUCAUUAGUAUAGAUGCGGGGAAAGGAAUAGAGGGGGCUGUAGAUGAUGUGUACCCUGGAGUUGAACAUAGAGAGUGCAUGAGGCAUUUGUGGAAGAACAUGAAGAAAAAUGGUUAUACUGGUGAGCUUUAUGGUAAGAGUAUGUGGGCUGCAGCUAAGAGCUUCACAAUUGACAAGUUCAAUUACUUUAUGGGAAAGAUAGAGGAGAAGGAUCCUAGUGCACUUGCUUGGUUGGAUGACAAUCAUCCAUAUGUGUGGAGUAGAAGCAAAUUCUUUGAAAAUUGCAAGGUAGAUUACAUCAACAACAACCUCUCUGAGUCCUUCAAUAUCUGGGUGUCAAAAACAAAGGAUUUUCAAAUUGUGGAUAUGCAUGAUAAGAUAAGACAGAUGAUCAUUGGAAAAUUUGUUUUGAGAGCCAAGAUUGCCAGUAACAUGACAGGAACAAUCAUCCCAUUUAUCAUAGUAGCCCUAAAUGCUAAAGUUAAGAGUAUAAAGGGCCAUGAGAUUUAG